AGUAAAAAUGGGGUUUGGUGUAAAUCUAGGGUGUAUUGCUGUCAUAUAUCACGCUACCUCGUAAAAACGACACUGAGGAUUCUGGGCCAACAAAUCAGAGAGGAAAAAAAUAUGAGUUCUUAUUAUGUGGAUGGUCUUCUUAGCAAAUAUACGGCGGGUAGUUCUCUCUUCCCAAACGUGGAGCGGGCGUCUUGCAGUAUUGGACCCAGUGGAGAGGACUAUGCCUCGGCUCGGACGGCUGCCGCCAUCGCGUUUGCACCAUCUCUGUCAGGAGUUUACAGCGUCAAUAAUGCAGUGUACCAGAGCAGACCCAUGUUUACCUCGGGCUAUGGCCAGGGGCAGGACGCGCACACACUGCACUGCAGCCUGUUUGACCAGAGCCGCCUGUUCACCGACAGCUGCUGCCACCCGGAGCCGGGACCCCUUACCGCGCCGCCGGACAAACAAUACCGGAUGUACCCCUGGAUGAGAGCAUCAGAUCCAAACCGAAAGCGGGGGCGGCAGACCUACUCCCGGUACCAGACCCUGGAGCUGGAGAAGGAGUUCCACUUCAACCGGUACCUGACCCGCAGGAGGAGGAUCGAGAUUGCACAUACCCUCUGCCUCUCAGAGAGACAGAUUAAAAUCUGGUUCCAGAACCGCAGGAUGAAGUGGAAGAAAGACCACAAGGAGGAACCGACCCCCGGGGGAAAGGACGGUGACAUUCAGGCGGUGUCAGAGGCCGGAGAGCCCGAAGCUGGAGGCACCCAGAACGGCGCUUUGGAGUCAGAAACAGCUGCAAAGUAACGAAAGACACGGGCAGAGAAUUAAAUGGAAGAAAAACACUGUUUAGUGUGAAUUAGAGAUAUACCAGAGAUGUUUCUCACAUACCAUUCAUGCACUAAAAGCUUUGUAGGCUGACUAAUUGAAUGACAGCUGAAGGCAAUUAUGUAAUAAGCAUUUAACAGCAGGCUGUAGGUCUGUGUUCAUAUUCAAACCCUAAAUACACACAAAGGCUCCGCAUCAAAGAGCGACAUCAACUACCUAUCCAAACUAUAUUUUUAUACAUGCAAUACGAUAGUGUUUAAUUUAACCUGAUUGUACUACUGAAUCAACAUUCCUUAACGAAAAACUACCUAAUAUUUACCUGCUAAUAUUAAACACUGACACAAAGAAUUCAACGUAAAUUAAAUGUAUUUUACCUAUUCGAGUAAUUCUGCACCACAGACGAUUGUAUUUUCUAAAGGGAACAAAGACACCGUCCUGCGUAAAUGUGCCUUAUUUUGAGUUCAGGCUAAUUAAAAGUGAAUGUUUUGUUAGUUAAAUGCCUCCAACUGUGAUUUAGCUGCUUCAGUAGGUGACCCGCUGUAUUAUUAUUUUUAUUCUAGAUAUAAUUGCUUAUCACUUAUAAUGUUAAAAUGCCUGUUUUCGAUACUUAUUUUCUCCUCUAUACAUCCCAGGUUAAACAUUUGUUUAGUAGUUUCGGAUGAUCUUAUGUAACCUACCUCAGAUUCCCAGAAAGCCAACUUGCUCAUUAUAUCUAAUGUAAACAGGAAUACUCUGACGUAAAUGUUUUGAAGUCUCAGCCGUGUACUGUAAAAAUGUUGUUGCCUAUUUCCUUUUAGAUAAAUUUUCAGGCUCCAAAUUUCAUACGUGUUUGUGAAUGUCAGCAAUAAACGCAUGCACUUUUAUUUAACAGUUUUAAUAUCAAGGCAUUGCUUUUUUUGUGUUCGUGUAAAAAGCUAAAAUGUGCAAAUCUUGUGGUAGAUUUAGGUUCAGUGCGCACGUUUUCAAUGUGAAGUACAAGCAACAUGUGAGCAAAUAAAUAUAAAGACAGUCUUAAACCUCUGGGAAUGUCUUAAAGCUGUAAAUUAAAAUAUAAUGAUUGAAUAAAAAAAUAGCUUUUA